GAUUGUCUUAAUGUUUACUUAGGAAAUGGGUUUCAUUGUUUAUUUUAGAGGCUGGUUAUUAAUGGGCUUCGCGUUGUUGAUAUUACUGAGUGCAAUAGGGGUACCGUUGACUUUUUUUACCUCCUUGAAGGUGCGCACUAUUUAUGUACUGGCGGUCGCAUCACCCCUUUGGUUGCUAUAUAUGCUUCUUUUUUAUUUUUUGAUCUACAGAGUGUUGGUAAAUUUUACGAGUGCGCUGGGCAACGAUGAAAACUAUAGCUCUGAUCUGUGGACCCAGCGUUACACUACAUACACCAAAGAGUUUCAUGAUCUAGGUUGUAAUUUACAAGCUCUCAGCUUUGAAACCAAUGAUUUGAAGAUGGGCACUCAAGCAUUAUCAUCAUUUUAUGAGGAUACUCAGGAGGUGAGUUACCUAUCAGGUUCUCUUCCACCAGGCGUGGCAUCUUAA